UCUUCAUAUGCUCGGGUAAUAUCACAAUAUUAUGCACCCCAUACACGACCACUUGAACGCAUCAAUCAUAAACCAACUCCAACAUGGGUUUAGAGCGCGUAACAAUGACUCGUUUCUCUACGUUGAGAAAGAAAUCGGAACGCCACGCUCAUCGUUACCCGAUAGCGUGCCGGCUAUGCGAGGGUAAGCACCCAAUCCGUCUAUGCCCAGUAUAUCGAGCAAAGACCCCGGAAGAGCGUUUGCGAGAGGUCCUGUUAGGGCGGUUCUGCGGCAAUUGCUUGUCGAUGACGCAUCGUGUACAAAGGUGCACCAGCCGCGAUCGAUGCCGCCGAUGCCAUGACAAGCACCAUACGACGCUGCACAUCGACGAAGAGCCCGUUGACCGGAGACCGUGGAGCCAGCAGGUUGCCAGCGAAGAGGAAAGAGACAACGUACUCUCGAUAUACGCGUCAGACUCCGGAACGGAUUCCCGAACCCGCCGCCCUGAAAUCGAAGAGGGCGAAAUAAUUGAGCCUGUAGCGGAAGCGAAUUUUCCAAUAUCGACGGGGGGAUCGGAAACCCGGACUUUCCGACUCCCGUUAGCACAUAAAAGGCGACAACAUCAACGGGCACCGCAGCGUCGCGGAGCGGAGACUCGGUCUUUCCGCCGGCGAUCCAUACGCAAAAAGGCUACCGGUCAAGAAGGACAACGGCAACGGGCACGACAGCGCUGCGGAGCGGAGACUCGCUAUCUCAUCAAGGAGGAUGGUGAUUGGACAACUAGCAGCGAAGAAACUCUAGAGCUUCUUGUACAGACGCACUUUCUGGGUUGCCUCCACAGUAGAGUCACAAAUACCCGAAUCAUAGGCAACCAUGAUGACAUUCCAGUGAAUAUCAUAACCGAGGAGAACAUAAAACGUGCUAUUAGCAGCUUCCAACCGUUUAAAUCUCCGGGACCAGACGGCAUUAUACCCGCUGACCUACAGCAUACAGCAGGAAUGAUUGCACCCAUACUCGUACCAGUCUUUGAAGCAGUGUUACGAAUGAAUUAUAUACCCCACAAAUGGGAGGAG